AUGUUGAGUCUCUAUAAUCAAAGGUGGAGUACGUGCCACAUCUACCAGCAGCAGAAGAAACUGCGGAGCUUCGUGGCAGAUCGUGGUAUUGCCAUGGUUUCCUAUGGCUGCCUGGGAUCACCAGGACGAAAGAACAAUCCUGACAUUGGGCUUCCGAACAUGUUAGAGAACCUAGUUGUGAAGUCUAUUGCAGAAAGACACUGCGUAUUUCCUUCCCAGGUGUGCCUGCUAUUUCUAAUCCAAAGUGGAAUUGCUGUGAUACCAAAAAGUGCCACCCCCGCCCGCAUCAAGUCCAACCUGGAUAUAUUUGACUUUUCACUCAGUGAUGCGGAGAUGGACUCCAUUUCGGAACUGCAUUCAGGAAAACGGCUGUUUACAUACCAUCGAGUGAAGCAUGAUGGCAACUACCUCUUCAGCGAAGAGUUAUGA